AUGUGCACAAAAUGCUUCGAUUAUAUAUUAGAUUUGAUAAAAAAUGAUAUACAGAAACAACACACCAAUUGGAGAGAACCAAUAGGGCCAGAAGAACGAUUAGUAGUCACUCUAAGAUAUCUUGCAACCGGAGACAGCUUUGGCACCAUUGGUCACAGCUACCAUAUCGGUUUCUCUACUGUUAGCGUUAUUAUUGAAGAAGUAUGUGAAGCUAUAUGGAAACGUUUGCAACCAAUUUACAUGCGUGAACCAACUCUAGAAGAUUGGGAAGUCUCUAUAUCUGGAUUUUAUGAGAAAUGGCAAUUCCCGAACUGUUGUGGAAGUAUUGAUGGAAAACAUGUUACUGUUAAAUGUCCAGAUAAAACUGGAUCAAAUUAUUUUUCUUACUUAAGAAAAUUUUCUUUUGUUUUAUUAGCAAUAGUUGGCCCCGAUUACAAAUUCAUUUCCAUCGAUGUAGGCGGAUACGGAAAAAAUAGUGAUGGGGGUAUUUUUGAAGAAUCUGUAAUGGGAAGAAAGCUUGCUGAUGGUACAUUUAAUAUACCUAGUAGUAGACCACUAAACGGCCAAAAUGUAAGGACACCGUGUGUUCUGAUCGGAGAUCAGGCAUUUGCGUUGAGCUCUUACAUGAUGCGACCAUAUCCCGAAGCACAGGCACGCUAUUACCGAAGGAAGGAAAAAUUCAACUCCAUUUUAGGAAGUGCCAGCCGCGUGGUUGAAAAUGCCUUCGGUAUAUUAAGCUCUAAAUGGUAUAUUUUCCAUAGGCCGAUGGAAACAAAAGUAACUACGUCAAUAACCGUUGUGAAAGCAGCAUGUGUAUUGCACAACUUCUUGAUAGAAAGAAAGGCUGAACAUAUCAAUAAUCCCAUUGAGGAACAGUUUGAACACGCAUUAGAAGAUUUUUCACUAAACAACAGAAGAUCGUCAAACUAUGCAUUUUUGAUACGCGAACAAUUUGCUGAUUACUUCAAUACUCAUGCAUAA